GGCAACGUCGCAAUAACGAGUUAAAGUCGCAUAAAAUUUUGAUCUCAGAAAUUAAAUCAAAAGUGCAUAAUUCGAAAAUUUUAAUCAGUUAAAAGUGUACCGUUAGUUAACAGACUAUCAAAUACAUGCAUGUAAGUGUUUGCACCGUUUUUAUACAACGUAUAUCAAAGAAAAGGCAAUCUUUAAUUCACAAAACCUGUACAACAAAAAACUAAGUUUACAUUCUUAUCGGCAUAAAUAAAUCCAGCGAAUAGGUUAAAACAUAUAUCUAUAGUUAAAACAGAUCUUUUCGUUAAAGAAAAUUUACCACGUUGCCAUAUCUUGCACCUUAUAAUAAAAGUAGAAGAAUAAAAUCAAGCAGCAAAUAAAUGGGGACAUUGAACAUUGAAGAUAUUAAAAAAUUACUGGAUGAUCAAACUGACCAUUUAAGAGAAAAUUUUAAGAAAGAGAUCGGAACUUUGAGAACCGAUGUAAAAAAAAGAGAUGAAAAGAUUUCUUUCCUAGAAAAGAGAAGUCUGUUCCUAGAACGAAAAAUUCGAAAAAACAACAUCAUUAUCUUUGGCCUAAAUAUAAAUGAAAAUAAUAUAGUUAGAGAAACCAUCGAAAAACUAAAUCAAUUGUUAGAACUAAAUUUUUCACUAAGUGAUAUUAACAAUAUUUAUCAAUUAGGCAAACAUGAAAAGGCCCCGAUUAUAGUAGAAUUUAUUUCCUAUCUAAAAAAAAUUGAAAUAUUUCAAAAUGUAGAAAAACUAAAAUCAUUAAAGGGGGCAAACAUAUCACUCUCAAAUGAUUUAUGCGAAAUAGAUAGAAAAAAUCAUAAAAUAUUAAGAAAGCACUACAAAAUAGCUAAAGAGAAAAAUCUUCAAACAAAAAUACAAGGAUUUCGAAUAGAAAUAGAAAACAAGUGGUACACAGUUGAUGAAUUGGAAGAAUCAUAUAGUGAAAGUGAUGUUUCAAAUGAAGGAACUGAUGAUGAGGAGAUGGAGGAAGAAGAUGAGAGCGAUAUAGAAAAACUCAGGAAAAAUGGAAUGAGACAAAUAGCACCUAACAGUGACCAACAGCCUUCUAUCAGUAGGAAAAAUAAAAUCGGUGAUAAUCUGCAGACUGCACAAAAAAGAAAGAAAACUAUAGAUUCAAGUCCGCCAAUACGAUCACUUAGGAGGAAGAAAAAGAAAUGAAAUUCAGUUCGGAAAAAUUAAAACCUAUAUUCAGUAUAUUUAAAAUUAUUUAAAAUUUA